UUCAGUUGCAUUUGCAAAGUAGAAGUGAAUAGUCAAAAAGCUUUCAAUAUGAAGUGCAUUGUAAUACUGUGUUCGCUGCUAGGACUGGUGCUGCUAAGCUGUGGAACGCACGCCGCAGAUUGCGACGAGGUCAAGAAUCCGGAUGACAGUGACUUUAAAAAUAUCCUUAAGAAUCUGGGAUGCAAAGUUUCCAAUGGCGCCGAACAAGUGGUGGACGCAGCGAAGCCCUACGCCAAUAAAAUUGUUGAUACCGCCAAGGACAUUGGCAGUAGCGUUGUGGACCAAUACGAUGCGCUGAAGCAUCGGAUCAUCGAUGACAACCCCACAUCCAGCGCUCCAGUAAAAAAUGAUGCCCCCACCGAACGUGUGCUUUUGGCAUCAAUUACCCCCGCUUUGCCAGCAUAAAUUACAAGCCCUUAACCAAUUGCGGGUUAAGUCCAUAAUUGACCAUAUAUCUACAAAGAUUCCUGUCUUAAUUAUAAAUUUUUUUUUUGCAUCUUUAAUUAAAGUAUACCCGUUACCUAAAAAUAAGUAAAGGGUAUAUUGUUUAUUUUUAAAAUUAGUUUAAUUUUGAAAUUAUGUUCACUUGUAUUUGUAUUUGUGAAAUAAAAUAAAAGCAAUUUAAAGGAAACCAGAAGGUACGGCUGCAAUCGAGCGAACACGACUGUGAGACACCCUGGAUUUAUUCUCUUAAAACACAAAUUAUUCUGAAAGUUAAAUAAUGUCUAAACACAAUCUAAAAUGUUUAAACGCACAUACAUAUGUACCCAGACACUUUACGUAUACAUUAACAAGUUAAAAUGUAGUCACACGCAACCAAACACGCUGCAAAUUUUGUAUGUUGCAGCCAGGCACCGUAACGACUAUAAUUUUUUAAAUAUAAAUUAUAGUUUUUGAAUUGUGGCACAUGUGAUAUAAAGGUAUAUUCAGAAUUUGUUCUGAAAGCUUCAUUCGAUUGGAUAAUAAGCUCGGAAGU